AUGACCUUCGAGAUGUUCAAAUGCCAUCUCUGUCAUAAGCAAAUUGACACACAAGGAAAGCUAAAUCGCAAAGACAACGUCAGCAGGCAUCAAAAGAAGGCGCACGGUUCCAUACAUCAGGGCUUCCCAGUCCGGAAAAACGACGAGACACAGUUGUCUUACCAGCAGCCUGGUGUGCUUGGGGAUGCACAGCUAUACAGUGUCUCAAACCUCAUGCGAGUAGCCGCUUCAGGCGAUCUGGACAGGCUGAAAACUCUUCUGGACGCAGGUUUGACAGUUGAGACGAGGGCUGAUGAUCAAUCCACCGCCCUACAUUGUAGUGCUAGAGCUGGCCAGGCAGAGGUAGUCAAAUUUCUCAUUGAUAAUGGAGCAGAUAUCGAAGCGAGGAACGAAAAGCAUCGACUACCGAUACACGAGGCUCUUAUGAGCAAGAGCUCUGAGACUGUGGAUCAUUUAUUCGAGCAACUGCCACGGGAAAAGCUUCUCCGUCUGGCCUCAGAGCUGGAGUGGUAUCUGAUGCAAUCGACUUCUAUCAGCAUUGUUGAUGCGUAUAUCACACGCUUGGGGGACACCUUCACAAACCGAAAACUCCCAAAAAAGCUUCACUUUGCAGUACGCACAGGUCAUACGUCGCUCUUAACCACGUUGCUGGAUAAUCCAAAUGUCGAUGGCAAUAAAGGAUCCUCCAAUGGACACUGGGAAACAGCUUCUUUGCUUCUCAAACACUCGGAGUCGAUGGAAGAAGGUCGUUGCACAUCAUCUGAUGUCCCACCAAUAAGUCUCACGUUCACCAAAGAAGAUUUGUUUCACAGGCUUUUCAAACAUCCAGACUUUGGAGGUCCAAACAAAAAACUACCCGGACCGCAUGGGACUAUUCUUCAGGUCGCUAUUAAAAAGGGCGACUGCGAAGUCAUCGAAAUUCUGUUAGCUUGUCAAGAUAUCGAUGUGAAUUUGAGGGGUGCUAACGGCUGGAGUCCUCUGACGAACGCUGCUCGAUACGGCGGAUUCAAAGUAGCGCAGCUACUUCUGCAGCAUAAAGAUAUCGAUGUGAACCAAGGCACAACGCACUGGCGGAGGGAAACGGCGCUGCAGUAUGCAGAAAAGAAUAAGCAUAACGAGAUCGUCGACCUCCUCCUGUCCCACGGCGCCAUCGACUACCGCGCCAAAGCAUCAACAACCGUACCACCAUACGUGCACAUCGACAACUCGCAAAAUACCACUUUGCAACCCGACCACGAACCUCACUUCGAUCCGUUCGACAACGAUAUGAACGACGCACCAACCGAAGCUUGGGAAGAGUUUCUUGAUAUGGAAGGAGGAAUGGAGGAAUAG